CAGAGUAGAAAAUGCCCAGAUCUCCACAGUGGUCUCUUAGGCUCCCCACUCCUCAAAACUUCCAGCCUGGUUUCCUGCUAGGCCUGGACCACACCAGGCUCCAUGCUUUCUGUCAGAUGUAGGAGGCCUGUUCCUGCCUCUGGGUUCUGUAGUUGCUGUUUUCUCUGCCUCUUCAUAUUUUUAUUCAAAUGUCACUCUUGGUGAGAGCCCUUCCCUGCCACCGCCCCACUCCCCUACCACAAAUGCCAACACUCCACUCCUUACUCUGCUUCGAUCUUCUCCAGGGCACUGUUACCAGCUUGCAUACCAUGUCUGUCUUCAUUUUAUUUUCUCUGGUGACUUCAUUCUGGAAAGACCAUUGUGGAUAAUGGUAGGGAAAUGGGGGAAAAAAUAAAGUUGAUCAAAUGAAAGUCUUUUUAAAAACUAACUGUCCUUGGGGCACCUGGGUGGCUCAGUCAUUUGAGCAUCCAACUUCAGCUCAGGUCAUGAUCUCAUGGCUCCAGAGUUCAAGCCCCACAUCAGGCCCUGGUGUCAGUUCAGAGCCUGCUUCAGAUCCUCUGUCUCCCUCGUGCCCCACUCGUGUACAGACAUGCGCGCGCGCGCUCUCUCUCUCUCUCUCAAAAAUAAAAUAAAAACAUUUAAAAAAUCAACUGUCCACAUGGAAAGGAGCUGGGAGAAAAAAAUAAUAGCAGUUACGAUCUUAAAACUCAGUACAUAGUGCUGCUUUUCAAAAUACUUUCAGGUAAAGAAGAAGGAACAAAAAGAAAUUUAGCAUGAAACCAAGAAAUUAAUUUCUUGGGAGGAUUAUGUGUUUAGCUUGAGAUAUCUGCAAAGUAAUUGGAUAAUAUUCUAAUUGAUAGUUUGAUCUUUUUGGCAGCUGGGUCAAGAACCUGAUUGGACGAUGCCGCACAGUUUCCAGAGCAGAAAAGAUAGCCCCGCGAUGGGAACAAGACUACCACCUGCAGCCCAUGGGCAAACUGGGAUUGUUUUAUGAAUAUCUUGAAAUGAUUAUUCAGUUUGGGUUCGUCACCUUAUUUGUGGCCUCUUUUCCACUGGCCCCCCUGUUGGCUCUGGUGAACAAUAUAUUGGAAAUAAGAGUGGACGCAUGGAAAAUGACUACCCAGUAUAGACGCAUGGUUCCAGAAAAAGCCCAAGACAUCGGAGCCUGGCAGCCCAUCAUGCAAGGAAUAGCGAUUCUGGCUGUGGUGACCAAUGCCAUGAUCAUCGCUUUCACAUCAGACAUGAUCCCCCGCCUGGUGUAUUACUGGUCCUUCUCCGUCCCUCCCUAUGGGGACCACACCCACUACACCAUGGAGGGAUACAUCAACAACACUCUUUCCUACUUCAACAUCGCAGACUUCAAAAACAGAAGCAAAGGAAAUCCAUAUUCUGGGCUUGAAAAACAUACCACAUGCAGGCAAGUUCUGCUGAUGUGUUUAAAAAUGCACUUCAUCUUUUAAAGGACUUUUAUUGUAAUGUAAUUCUAAAUAAAAUUGCUGGAGACAUUUUUUCCUAGCUUUCUUUUCAGCCAAACUUAAAAGAUCUAAAAGUUAAUACAGAGGUCAGAACUUUCUAAUGAAACAAUAAAACAUGAUAUAAAGAUGAGGGUUUCAAAUGAUUACAGGGAUACUGAUCCAAGAGAAAAGUUUUGUUUGUAUCUUAGAAAUGAAGAAAUGCAAGGAGUUCCAAAAAACAAGUUCAUUCAGUUGGUAUGACGAAUCUGUUAUCCAAGCACAACCUGAUGUAUUUAGUGAUGACAAACUAUCACUCUCACUUCAAGAGAUACAAAAAUGAGAAAUGUAAAUACCUCAGCCUAGCCCAGAAGUAUUCUCUGAAAGUAUUCCAGAGCUCUCUGCAUUGAUUGUAAUGGCCUUAAGGUCAACUGUAGUCAGUAGAUGUCAAGUAAAUCACUAAUUGAUAGUUUGUUCACUAUAGGUCAUGGAGUUUGUUUUUUAAAAUCCUUUAAAAAAAAUUUUUUUAAUGUUUAUUUUUUGAGAGAGGGGCAGAAAGAGGGAGACAGAAUCUGAAGCAGGCUCCAGGCUCUGAGCUGUCAGCACAGAGCCUGACAUGGGGCUUGAACUCACGGACUGUGAGAUCAUGACCUGAACCAGUCAGAUGCUUAACCGACUGAGCCACCCAGGUGCCCCAAGAGUUUGUUUUUUAAAUCAUAGUCUUAACCCAGAAGAGGCUCUAAAUACUCAUUUAGCUCAACUCCUCAAACCCUUUUCUGGUUCAAAUUCUCAGCAACACAACCAAGAAACCAG